AUGUAUUUUUGCAAGUUAUGUUUUUACAUAUAUAUCUUUUUUUUAGUUUCUCUAAAAAUAAAAUGUGAUAAGAUAAAAAAUUUUAGAAGUGAAAAACAACUCUCCUAUUACUAUAUUCAAAAUAAAAAUGAAAAUAAAAUAUAUUUAAAAGAUUUUUUAAAGAAAGAAAAUAAACUCAAUUAUAAAGGAAAAGUAAGUUUUAAGAAAUGUCAAGUAUUUAAUGUGAAAAGUAUACAAAGUGAAUGUAUGAAUGAACAUAUGGACAAUAUAAAAAAUAAUAUGAACUGUUCAGAAUAUAUAAAAUUAGAUGACUCGAAAUGUGAGAAAAAAAGUUCCAUGAAUAAUAAAAAUAUGACUAGUAAUGGUAAGUUAUUAACACCAAAAGUGGGAAAUAAAAUGCCUGAAAAAAAGCCUGAUUGGUUUCAUGUUCCUGCUCCAACAGGUGAAAAAUAUAAUAAGUUGAAAAAUGAUUUAAAAAAAUUAAAACUUCAUACUGUUUGUGAAGAAGCACAAUGUCCUAAUAUUGGAGAAUGUUGGAAUAUUGGUACUGCAACAAUUAUGCUGUUAGGUGAUACAUGUACAAGAGGAUGUAAAUUUUGCUCCAUAAAAACAUCACCAAAACCAUUACCACCAGAUGUCAAUGAGCCAUUUAAUACAGCUAAAGCUAUAUGUGAAUGGGAUAUAAAUUAUGUUGUUUUAACUUCAGUUGAUAGAGACGAUUUACCUGAUGGUGGAGCAGAUCAUUUCGCUAAAACUGUUGAAUUAAUUAAAUUUUCAAGACCAGAUAUUUUAAUUGAAUGCUUAGUUUCAGAUUUUCAAGGAAGUUUUAGUUCUGUUAAAAGAUUAGCUUUAAGUGGAUUAGAUGUUUAUGCACAUAAUAUUGAGACAGUUAAAAGAUUACAAAAAUAUGUACGAGAUAAAAGAGCCAAUUACGAACAAUCUUUACUAGUUUUAAAAAUGGCUAAAGAAAUUAAUCCCAAAUUGUAUACAAAAACAAGUAUUAUGCUAGGUUUAGGAGAAACAAAAGAAGAAGUAUUAGAAGCUAUGCAAAAUGCAAGAGAGAAUGAUAUUGAUGUUAUAACAUUUGGUCAAUAUUUGAGACCAACUAAAAAUCAUUUGAGUGUUGUUGAAUAUAUUUCUCCUAAAUUAUUUGAUUAUUACAAGGAGGAAGGUCUAAAAAUGGGUUUCAAAUAUAUAGCAAGUGGCCCAUUAGUUCGAUCAUCAUAUAAGGCAGGAGAAUAUUUUAUGAAAAAUCUUGUUGAAAAAAGAAAAAAAGAUCUUCAUGAAAACGAUGUAAAACUGCAAAAAAUAAAUUAA